AUGGGAGUUUCGCUUUUUGGGCCUCAAGAAGCCUCCUGGAGGACUAUACCAAGAACUAGUUAUAAGCCAGCACCAUUUGCAGUCUGGUGUCCAGUAGCCUCAUUUCUGUGAACCAUGUGACGUGUGUUUACAUCCUCUCAGCUGUUCCUCAAGAAAAACAGCGCUGGAUCGUUAACGCCACGAAAACCUAUACAUCACACAACAACAACAGUGCGCUCAAAAACACAAAGCCUAAUGUGCAUCCAGUGUGUUUAGCUCGUGCAAAGCCCGAGACCGAUUCAUGGCUUUACAAAGAUCUUGCUGUAGCUGAGAAUGGUCUGAGGUGAUUUGUGUGGGACACAGGCAUCACGACUGGGCAUCCCUGCAGAGAAUCGCUCCGGCACUUUCAUCUGGAUGUGAGGACCGGUCUAGGUAUCCGUCUCUCACCUCCUCUGCAUUUUUUUUUUUUUUAAUUCUUUUCUCGGUAGCUGUGAGGGGAUCAUGGGGGGAGCAGUCAGUGCUGGCGAGGACAACGAUGAUUUGAUAGACAACCUGAAGGAAGCUCAGUACAUCCGCACAGAUCGUGUCGAGCAGGCCUUUAGGGCCAUAGACCGUGGAGAUUAUUACCUGGACAGCUACAGAGACAAUGCCUACAAGGAUCUGGCGUGGAAGCACGGGAAUAUACACCUGUCAGCGCCAUGUAUCUACUCUGAGGUGAUGGAAGCACUGAAACUUCAGCAGGGUUUGUCUUUCCUGAACCUCGGCAGCGGCACAGGAUACCUGAGCACCAUGGUGGGCCUGAUCAUAGGUCCGUUUGGAGUAAAUCAUGGUGUUGAGCUACACAAGGAUGUGGUGGAAUAUGCAAAAGAAAGACUCGAUGAAUUCAUUAAAAACAGCGACAGUUUUGACAGGUUUGAGUUCUGCGAACCACACUUUGUGGUGGGGAAUUGUCUGGAGAUUUCCUCAGACAGUCACCAGUACGACCGCAUCUACUGCGGAGCUGGAGUUCAGAAGGACCACGAGAACUACAUGAAAAUCCUGCUGAAAGUCGGAGGAAUUUUGGUCAUGCCGAUAGAAGAUCAGCUGACUCAGAUCACUAGAACCGGGCAGAGCUCCUGGGAGAGUAAGAAUAUCCUGGCCGUGUCAUUUGCUCCUCUUGUUCAGCAGAGCAGGACAGAAGGCUGCAAGCCUGAAGCUGUGGUGCUCCGUGAGUCUCCGCCGAUGUGCGUGAGGACUCUUCAGGACCUGGCACGAAUCUACAUCCGCCGGACCCUCCGCAUCCUGACCAACGAGGAGCACCCGGCCCGCAACAACACGCAGCGAGUGCCGCAGAAACGCAAACGCAGGCCCUGCCGCCGCCGCCGCCGCAUCAACACCUACGUGUUCGUGGGGAACCAGCUGAUUCCUCAACCCAUGGACAGCGAGGACGACGAAUGCAUCGAGGAGGAAAGCAAAGAGGAGGAGCAGGAGAAAGACAUUGAGCCCGUCAAACCCGAAGAGCCGCGGGUCAACCAUCUGAGAGACAAAAUCCUGAGUCUGCCGCUGCCCGAGUCGCUGAAGGCGUACCUGCUGUUCUACCGCGAGAAAUAACACGCCGUGAAGAAGCAUUAAUCAACGAUGGUUGUUUCCUUCUCAGACUACUUCUGACCUUCAAUUUCAUAGUUUUUUUUUUUUUUUGAUAAUGUAGCAUAAUUUCAAAAUUUAAACAGGGUUGGGCUGCAUUUGCAGGAGACGCUGGAUUUGAUUGUGCUUGCUGUGUUUGUUCUAAUGACUCAUAAUGUCGUAAUAUUCACAUUUUGAAUGUGAUUUUUCACUUCGGAGGGCCUUAGGGGUAUAGAAGCUUGGAGCUCACUUUGUUUGUAUUGAGAAGAGUUCCCUGAAUGUGACGGGAGCUCUUUUUCACAGGCUUGUAUUGUAAGACCAGCUGUUUGAUGAAACCAGUAAUGACAGUUUUCUUUCUUUUUUAAUUGUAGGGAGAAUGAAAAACUCGAGUCAUUAUUUUGGGAUUGAUUUUUGCCUUCUUUGAUUCUCUGAAGCUUUCGGGAGUUACUGCUGUUUAUGAUGCUAAUGUUUUCCAUAUCUCUUGGGACUGUUUUAGUGAAGUUCAUCUAGAGAUGUUUUUUUUUUUUUUUUGUUUUUUUUUUGGCCUGCGUUUUGCAUUUCUGUUUUUUUCUAGUCACAUUUGUAAGUAUUGAUAUUGAGCUCUCUCUUAAUAGAUGAUGUAAUUUUUUGCUUGUUCCUUUUGUCUACGAGUCGACCUGAAGACCUAACGCUCCACUUCUCUGCUUGCGAUCAUAAAAUGUAAGAGACGUCACUGUUUGUGUCGGUUUGUAAUCGGUGAUUUCUCACUGUUGUAACAACUUGUUUGCAAUAUAUUGUCAGCAUAAGAAA